GUAGUUGUGAUGAAACCAAGCAUCAAUCACAACCUUCGUAUGAGAUCGUUGGUCCCCAGACUGCUGAGCUCCCUUCCGGACGUAAAUCCACAUCCAUUGCAAACUCUCGCGUCUCCCCACCUCCAUCUUCUCAGCACGCAAAAGGCUCACGCCCAAAUCCUCAAGUCUGGAACCCCCGUGGAAUCCUCCCAGCUCGUCCAGUCCUACUGCAACUGCGGCGCAUUCCCAUGCGCUCGCCAACUGUUCGACGAGACACCCCACUGGGACUUGGUCUCCGCCACCGCUAUCAUUGGCUCCUUCGCUCGCCACAAAAGGCACCACGAUGCCAUCGCCCUCUUCUCCCGUAUUCUUUCGAUCGACAUCAGGCCCAACCAAUUCACCUUCGGUACCACUCUCCAUUCCUCCACUGCUCUUCGUAGUCUCGACGUCGGCAGACAGCUCCAUGCUUGCAUAACAAAGAUAAGCCUCCAAUCCAAUGUCUUCGUCGGCAGCUCUCUUCUUGACCACUACGCCAAACUGGGCACCAUCGAAGAAGCCCAGCGUGCAUUCGAAGACACUUGCGAUCCUAAUGUAGUUUCGUACACCGCGUUGAUGAGCGGAUACCUGAAGAACGAGCGGUUCGACGAUGCUCUCCGGCUCUUCCGGAGCAUGCCGGAGAGGAAUGUGGUCUCGUGGAAUGCGAUGAUAGGCGGCUGCAGCCAGGUUGGUCUAAACGAAGAGUCUGUCAAUCUCUUCAUCGAGAUGUGCCGAGAAGGUGUUCGGCCUAAUGAGUCUACCUUCCCUUGUGUACUUAGUGCAGCCGGCAAUAUGGCGGCACUUGGAAUGGGUAGAAGCUUUCAUGCUUCUGCUAUAAAAUAUUUGAGUAGACCUGAUGUUUACGUGGGCAAUUCUCUCAUUAGCUUCUACGCAAAGUGUGGUUGUUUGGAAGACAGUGUCUUGGUAUUCGAUAAGCUCAAGGCGAGGAACAUUGUUUCUUGGAAUGCUGUGAUUUGUGGGUGUGCACAGAAUGGCAGAGGAGAGGAGGCUUUGGAAUUGUACAGAAUAAUGCGGUCUUCGAAUUUGAAGCCUAAUGGUGUCACCCUUCUUGGCUUGUUGUUUGGAUGCAACCAUGCAGGCUUGGUGAAUGAGGGUUAUAACCACUUCAAUUUGGCUAAGAUAGAACAACCAGAUAUACUGAGAGCUGAGCACUAUGCUUGUGUGGUUGAUCUACUUGCUCGCUCUGGGAGAUUUGGAGACGCCGAGAGGUUUCUUCAGGAGCUACCGUUCGAGCCGGGAAUCGGCUUUUGGAAGGCUUUGCUUGGAGGGUGCCAGAUACGUUCCAAUAAGGAUUUAGCUGAGAUGGCUGCUCGCCGGAUCAUUGCAUUGGAUCCGAAGGACAUAUCGUCUUAUGUUCUGCUGUCCAAUGUAUACUCUGCGGCUGGUAGAUGGCAGAGCGUGUCGGCGAUGAGGAGAGAGAUGAAGGAGAAGGAGAUGAAGAGGAUUCCUGGAUGCAGCUGGAUUGAGAUCAGGAACAAGGUCCAUGUGUUCUUUAAUGGGGAUCGGAGGCAUCCUCAGACUGAUGAGAUUUAUACAAUAUUAAUGACAUGUUUGGAUAAUUAAAGUCAUGCUCAUUUGGACAGUCGGACUGUUCCAUUGUGACAAUAGAAUACCAAGUCUUGGAGUAAGUUAGCUUUGAAGUAUACGAGCUGCCUUACCGAUGUCAUUUUGUCAGUUAAUGCAUCCACUUAAGCUACCAUCCUUAGAGUUAUCACCGCCCCAAUGAACGCCAACGCAACAUCAUCGAUAUAACCGAUGCCUGUGUGAAAUUGGAGGACUGAGAGGCGACUUCCAGGCGAGAACAAUCCGAACAACACUUCACUACAGCUACAGUGUGAAGGCCUGGCUUCUGCCAUCAUACAAUCCCUUCCUGCCAUUCCGUUUGGGGAAAAAAUGAAGCAAAAUGAUGGUGAUGAUGAUGGCAACAAGGCUUGCUCUAUUUGCUUGGGGGAAUUUGGAGAAGGAGAAUGGCUGAGAUUGCUGCCAAACUGUGCUCACCUCUUCCACAUCUCCUGCGUUGACCCUUGGCUUCGCUCUCACUUUACCUGCCCGUUAUGCAGAAAUGAUGUUUUGUAUGAUUCUAGUGACAAUUUAGAUUCUUCUUCUUCAAUGAAUGGUUUUUUAGAGAC